CCAAUCUCACUUUGUACACUUCUAGCCACCAGAAGGCGUCGUUCAGCAGCUGUACGGCCCUCCGCGCCUCCGCCCCCAGCCAGAGGACUUUAUUAAUCCCGAGGGAGAAGCGGAGAGACACUCAGAGCAACGAGUGCGAAAGGCGGCAUGAUGCAGCCCUUAUUACCGCUGCUGCUGCUCGGAUUGCUGCGGCCAUUCACCGCUGGAUGCCCACUGACACAGCAGUGUGAAUCAACAGAUGGGGAUAUUUACAGAUACCAGGCCAAGACUCUAAACGACAGUCGCACUGUGAACUUCAGCGACUACAGGGGCACUAGUGUCCUCUUCAUCAACGUGGCCACCUACUGAGGUUUCACCUUCCAGUAUGUGGAACUGAAUGCACUUCACGAAGAGAUGAAAGCUCUUGGACUCACCAUUUUCGGCUUCCCCUGCAACCAGUUUGGGAAGCAGGAACCAGGGCAAAAACAUGAAAUUCUGCCAGGUCUAAAGCAUGUUAGACCAGGCAAUGGAUUUGUUCCAAACUUCCUGAUGUUUGAGAAAGGUGACGUGAACGGAAAAGACGAGCAAGAGGUUUUCACAUUCCUUAAGAAAUCCUGCCCUCCUGUAGGAGACCUGUUGGGCGACCCAAGUAGGUUGUUCUGGGAGCCCAUGAAGCUGACGGACAUCAAGUGGAACUUUGAAAAGUUUCUGGUGGGCCCAGACGGGAAGCCAGUGAUGAGGUGGCACCCAAGUAUCGGCAUUUCUCAGGUCCGAGCUGACGUCCGCAAACAUCUGCUCCUGCAACUAUACACACAGCAGAGGUCAAAUUAGAUCACCUCAUACGAUAUAGUCCAACCAAUGAAGUACCAGGAUCAAUAGCGCUUAAAGAUAGUAAUGUCAACAGAUUCUGAUCUACGAAAAUGGCAUGUUUUAUGAAGAGGAGGCUUGAAAACAGUCAAUCUGUGGUGCCUCUUCGGAGUCUGGGGUUCAGGCCGGUUCUUCAGUGCAUUCGAGCCGCCCUGCAAUCACACAGCAUAAUGUCAUCUUCUCCUCCCAGGACCUGUUAGCUUUUACAUCAUACAUAUUAAUUAAUUGUAAUAAAUCAUGGAAAUCA